AUGGCAUUGAUCUCCGGGAGCUGCCGACUCCUGGGUCAGAUGGCGUCUUGUUGCUGCAGACCGCUCCUCAGCUGCUCCUGCUGCCAACCGCUCAUCAAAGUCUGCCUCUCCUCCUUCACAGACAUCUCUCCUGCUGAGCUAGACGCUCUUUGGAGGGAACCACCCUACACACUUGGGGGAGCAAAUGAACACUUCUUAGGAAACGACAACAUGACUCAAGGUGAGGAAGAGGACAGUCCAGUAGCAGACCCAGGUGAAGAAGAAGAAAAUGAAAGCUACUGGAGGAAGAAAGAUGCCUUCCUUCGAGGAAGUAUCGUGUCAGUAGGAGAUAAACAUUCCUCAGAAAUCGUGCUCCUGUUUACUGGACGGAGGCGCUCCUGUGAUGAUCCCGACCACACCCUGCAGGAGGCUCUGCGCACACAACUCCGAGUGGUGGAGAGCAACAGCAAAGAUGUCGCACAGCUCUUUAAAGACUUGUCUGCUCGUCUCGUCUCUGUUUAUGCAGAGAAGGAUAGCUUUGUGCUCACAUUCAAGACUGUGGAGGAGAUCUGGAAGUUUUCAACGUACCUUUCAUUAGGUUAUGUGGCUCGUUGCUUGGAGAACUUCUUGUGUGAUCAGUCGUUCUGGCUGGACCCAGAACUGCUCAGUGAGUUGGAGAUCAAUGUGACAGUGGACGAGGAACAUCUGGCCACCCUCUACCUGGGACUUCUUCUACAAGAGGGGUCCUUCUUCGCCAAGGCUCUGUUCACUGGAAGUGAGCAGGAUGAAGACGAUGAAGAGAAGCUGUCGUUCAAAAAGAAUGACCUGCUUAUGGUGCGAGACACCAGGCAGGACAGCAUGUGGGAGGGCACCAUGCUCUCCACAGGAAACCACGGCCUGGUGCCCGUCAGCGCCAUGCAGCCGCUGCCUUACCCCUUCUAUCAGUGGUUCCUAAGGAAGUAUCCAGGCCAUGCAGGAUGCUCACCAGCAGAAAAGGAACUGUUCGAACAUUCGAUCGUGAGUGGUUCGUGUGUAGCUGUAGUUGACUACUGUCCAGCAGCACCAGAUGAGCUCCAGCUGAACCUGGGGGACAUUGUGGACAUCCAGGGUCUUCUGCUCCGAGGAGUGGACAUGUUUAUUGGGAAACAUUCAUCCACAGAACACAUUGGUUUUGUUCACAGAGCUCAUGUCAAACCUCUAAACAUCACACCCUUAGAUGGACAACUGGUUUUUCUGACUGAGGAGGAGAAGACCAGUCUGGCUCAGGUUAACCUGUGCAGCACAGAGCCAAGUGACAGCAGCAUGCUGGAAAGACUUUUCUCCUCUGAUAUCAGCUCCGUGUACAGGCUAGAUCGAUUGGAUGAGUCAGACUUCAUGUACAUCCUGGGUCAUCCAAAACACGAUCAUACAGGCUUUUUGAGCACUCGACAGAGCCUCAUGUCCGAAAGAAGUGAGGGGACAACCAUCUACCAGUCCUCUCCUCAUGCCUCCAUCACCUCUCCCCGCAUCUCCCACAAUCCUCUGCCACGAGAGGGAGAGCGCUUAUCUUUCAGUAUGGAUGAGACGUUCAGAGGUCUGGACGAGUUCCAUGAAGAUCCAUCUUUCUUCCUAGAAGAGAACAGCUGGGACGGGGAAGAGUCUGAGCUCAGUGACCCCACACUGACUCUGCUCAACCAGGAGCACUUCCAGGAGGAUUUCCUGCCCCUGUAUGACCUACAGUGUUCUUUCCUGUGGAUGACCUUCAGCGGUAAGAAUGAGAAGGAGCUGUCAGGACAUCUUGAGAGUGUCAGGGAGUGCGCCAAGAGGAUGGGCAUGCACUGGGCCCAUCGGCGUGCGUGUUUUGUACUGGGUAGACUGUGUGCCAGGAAGCUGAAGUUCUCCCAGGCUCGUGUAUACUAUGAAGAAGCUAUGAGCGUUCGUGUUGAUGGUUUUUCUGACAUUCCACUCCUUGUGACUCUCUUCACCAACCUCACUGCCAUCUACUUGAAGCAACGUAUGAAUGACAAGCUGCCCCACAUUCUGGAGAAGGCCAGUGCUCUGCUCCUCUGCCUUCCCUGUCACACCUUCACAUCCGAAGAUGAAGUAGAACUGCUGAAGCUGCUCCUGAGGAGAUCAGUCAUCUUAGGUGACAAAUACUUGGAGGCUCGCGUCUGCUACCUCAUCUCCAGCCUCUUCCUGCUCCGGAGGAAGACUGAUGAUGCUCUUCCCUUUGUUGAACGACUCCAGUUCCUAUCAGCGACACUGUCAACCUCUGAGGGGGAUCCUAUUGCUCCUGUAGAUCUUAACUGGCUCUUGAGCUGGCUAUAUCAUCAAAAAUACAUGCCUUACUUAGCUUUAGCCUCUCUUAGCCUAGACUCAAGGCAAGACCAUUCACUCAGUGAUGCCUUUUUGAAGAUUGAGUUGUUCAUCAGAAACUCUGUUCGUCUGAACCCAAGCUGGAAGGAAGGAACUUCCAUCCUUCCAGCUCAGAUUGUGGUUUACCUGCAUCAGGCCCUGGUGAUAGCUGAGAAGGGGGACGACAUGAAGAUGCGAAGGGACUUGUGUUUGGGCCUGGCCUCGGUUUACCAACAGUAUGGUGCACUUUAUAAGGCAGUGAACUGUGCCCAACAAGCUGUGGAAACAGGGAGCCACAUCAAUGAGGAGGAUGGCUUUGAGGCCUCUGUGCUCCUUGGAUGGCUGAUGGUGUUGACGGGCCAGGCUGAGAGAGCCCUGAGUAUUCUUGAACCACUGCUAACAUCCUUGCAGAGCACAGACAGUCCUACUCAGCGAGGAGUGAUCCAUAACCUCUUGGCUUUGAGCCUAAGGCAUCAGGGCCAAAUUCGAAAGGCAGGCUGGCAUCUCCACUCUGCCUUGGUGAUCUCUAGAGAAAGUGGAAACCAAAGAAAUCAGGCCCUGGCACUGGCCAACCUGGGCUGUCUGGCACUGGAUGCUGGGGCAUUUUUGGUUGCUGAACGUUUCCUGGUCAGAUCUUUGUGCCUUUUUCUGGAUCUCUGGGAGAGCCCCACAGACGAGGAGCAUGUUCAGACCUACCUUUGGCUUGGACGAAGCUACAAGGACAGAGGAAGGAAUCAGGACAUCAGGACAUGUUAUGAAAUGGGGCUGUUAAUUGCACUACAUGCCAAAAACUUGCACAGUCAAAUGGUAGUGGUCAAGCUUUUGAGUCGGCUGUAUGCCGACAUGCUGCUUUACAAACAAAGUAUUGUUUACUAUGAGCACUGCGUGUUCGUGUCCAGAGAGCUGAAGGACAAAAGACUGGAGGGAGAGUGUCUGGAAAAACUCAGCAGCUUCUAUCUCUCUCUCAACACAGAAAAAUCAUCUCGUAAGUCUCUAGACUACACCAAGCAGAGCCUGAGGAUUUCUAUUGAUCUGGGCAAGAGAGAGGAAGAGUCAGAGACCUGGCUGCAGGUGGGACGCAUCUACUACCUGAUCCAGGAGGACGAACUGGCUGACAUGUACCUGCAGGCAGCAGUGAAGACAGCCCUGAGGAUGAAUAAUCCUCAUUUUGCUAUGAGCAUCUAUGAGGAGGCAGGAGAUGUUUACUUCAAAGGUCAGAGAAACCGAAAGGCUUCACUGCUUUUCUACAGAGAUGGAAGUUUGCCAUUUGCACGAAGCAUCAAGGACAUCCACUCAGAGUUUCGUGUGUUGAGUAAACUGACAGAGCUGUUGAUGAACCAAGGAGAGCAGGACGAGGCUCUGCAGUACGCUACUUUGGCUGUUCAGAUUGCUAACCAAACAGGAGUGCGUGAGAAUGAGAGGACUGCCUAUCAUCGGCUGGCUACAAUUUACUACAGCCUGCAGCAGUACGAGAUGGCAGAAAACUACUACUUGAAGUCUCUGUCUCUGUGUCCGCCUGCUCUGCAUCACCCCAAGGAGGCUCAGUACUACACUAAACUCUACUGCAGAUUGGGAAACCUUACCCUCUAUGAACUCAAGGAUGCUUUUGAUGCAGUGGGCUACUUCCAGUUGGCUCUGGCAGCUGCUCUUGAGGACCAAACAAAUCCCAACGCUCUGUAUGUGGUGUUCAUGAAGUUGGCUGAGAUCCAUUGCAACCACUUGCCCGAUGCUCAUUUGUGCCGAGCUUACAGAGACAGAGCUCAGAGUCUGAAGAGAGUUUUGGCUUUCAUGGGUAAUUCUGCUGCUCAAACGGAGAACGUGGACGAUGCAGACAGACAACCUGGCCAAAGGAGGGAAAAGUGCUUGGAUGCUGAUAUGGGAUACGCUGAGAGGUGUCAAGACAAGUCAGGUCAUAGACUUUGUACAACCAACACUAACUCAGAGGAAAGAUCUGCAGACGUGAAUCGUGGAGAGGAUGCCAGUCACAAGAGUCAGAAUCAUGGUCCUGCUGACACAGACAGUCAGUCCUAUAGCGACAGCAUCCAAACUGGGUCUUUUGACAUGGCUAAGGAGCACAUCUCGGACUCCAGCAGCAUCACUGACACCUAUCAGAACCCAACAGAUGGGAAAGACUCAGAGAUGGAUUCUGACCACAGCAUGCCCAGUCAAAUACCUGCCAAUCACAUAAGUGAGGUUACAGGACACACAGAUACCAGAGACACUGAUUCUGACACUCAGGGAAGUCAAAACACCCCCACUAAAGACACAGAUUCUGAUGCGACUCAAACAGAAUCCGAGGAACAUAAACUUUGAUAAUA